UAGACGCCGUCUGUUUGAUGCCACUCGUGACUCUCCAGUGCUGCUAGAGUGCCGGGGCUGUGCUAUGGGUGGCAAUUGCUUUGCUGUAACUAUUCAUACCUUUUCAUUGCUUCUAAUUUAAAUACUUGAUUGAACCAAACCAAGACCAGCUCUUCUCAUAAUCAGGAUAAACGAACACGCAACAACAUUCAUUAGCGUAGACUGACAUUCACUAUAUCCAGCUGCCAUGGCACUAUCCAGAGGAAUGCUGCGGACCCUUAUAUUUCUUGGAUCGAUUUUUCUCAUCAUGUCCGUUUACGGAUGGAACAGGUUCUAUUUAAAAAGAGCUGAAAGGAUGCAUAACUUACAGGAAGGGAGAAAACAGCAGCUAAAAGAAAUCUGUGACAAUGACAAAGAGGCCAUUUCUAAGGGGAAACGCAAUCUUGAAGACUUGAGUGACAGUGAGCUGGAGAACCUCGUUGUGGAUGACAAGCACGGCAUCAUCUACUGUUACAUUCCCAAGGUUGCAUGUACCAACUGGAAGAGGGUGAUGUAUGUACUGAAACACGGGGAGCCAUACCAGGACCCUAGUUCCAUAUAUGAUCAGUACGUUCAUGGCCUUGGCAACUUAUGUCUUUUAAGCAGCUACCCAAGAAUAGAGAGGAGGGCAAAGCUGAAGCACUACACCAAAUUCCUGUUUGUACGGGACCCGUUCGUCCGUCUCAUCUCCGCCUUCCGAGACAAAUUCGAAGAUUCGAAGAACGACUUCUACUAUAACCCCCUCAGCCAACACAUCCAGCUUCUCUACGACCACACGCCUUAUCCACCACGCAUUACAUUUUACAACUUUAUUCAAUAUCUUCUGGACCCACAGACUGAGCAGAAUCUGCCCUUUGAUCCUCACUGGAGGCAGAUGCACCGUCUUUGCCACCCCUGCCUCAUACAGUAUGAUUUCAUUGGCCAUCAGGAGACUCUACAGGAGGAUGCUGAACAGCUACUGAACACCUUAAAGCUGCAGAACGACAUUAAGUUCCCUCCUUCCUAUGUCAACAUUACAAAUCCUGAGUAUUUGUCAGGCUGGUUCAGAAAAGUGCCUCUAGUGGAAAGGAUGAAGCUGUACAAGCUCUAUGAAACUGACUUUAAGCUGUUUGGCUACAGAAAGCCAGAUGAAUUGCUUGAUGGUUGAGAGGAAGUCAUGAGAACUUCACUCCUCUUUAUGAAACCAAUAAGCACAAAAACCACAGCAGUCACUGCUCAGCCAAGAGCAGACAAUCGUUUUUUGUAUGAAGCGACAACAAUUCACAGACACAGCAUUAAAGUCAUGAAGUUAUUCUGAGAAGUAAUGGCCUAUUUCAAUGGCAAGAUUAAAAAAAAUCAACAGAAGAAUGAGGAACCGUAUUGCAGCCACUUGAAAAAACACUUAACAUUAUCAAAUCCAAAUACCGUUCAAGAAUGACAUUCUUUUACAUUGACAUUCCUGUUUGAGAACGACACUGAGUCGUUCAGUUCAACCUUUGAGGAUGUCGCAUCUUUGAUGGUUGAAAAUAAUGUAGGCCUAUAUGCAAAUUCAUGUUUGUCCAGAAUAGGCAUUGUAUUUUUGCCAAAUUGUGUUUGAUUUUGUAUUAUUACAAAAGCAACCUUGUGCAAUAAAAAUGUCAAUUAAGA